ACAAGAAUGGCUACCGCGGGAAAGAUUUCCACUUUGUUGGACUCUCUUUCAAAUUCAAAUGAUCAAAUAGCAGUCUUAGAGUCAUUGAAUACCUUGUUGUCUGUGACCAGACCACAAGAAUUAAGCCAAAUUGCACCUAAUGUUUCUUUUGACGUGGUUUUCGACUGUCUGUCUUCAGAAAAUGAGGAGCAGGUUCAGCUUGCUUGCAGCACUUUAUCAAAGUUUUUAUUAGCCUGUGACUCAUCGCUGAUUUUAAGGAGUUUCCAAGGUGAAUUAAUAAAUUGGCUGUCCCACUCUAAAACAGCUGUGAGGCGGCUGGGUCUUGAUCAGCUAAGUAAUGUUGUGAAAACAAAUGAAGAAACUCUGGCCGGUUACCCUGAUGUAGUUUUCCAGUUGUCCCAGUGUCUGGCAGAUGAGAGGCUGGAAGUUGCACAGAAAGCUGGAGUUAUUCUGGCAAGUCUCGGAAAAAGUACUCCAGGAUUGUCUGUGCUGUUCAGUGAUCCACUGAAGAAGUGUUUAAACCAGGUCAUGAUGCAGAGCGACCCGAUCAGGUUCAGAGUCUACAAGAUGAUAAUCGACAUGAGCUGUAUGUCAACGGUUGCUAUGGAGAAGUGUGCUGAAUCGGGCAUCUUGCGCCAGUUAGUCGGCGAGAUGCAGAGAGAUGACAUACUCGUUCAGCUGAACUGUUUGGAGAUGUUGUCGGACCUGGCGCAGGAGGAGCAUGGUCUGGCAUACCUAGACAAGCAGGGAAUCGUCCGCAGGUUUGAGGAUAUGAUGUCUGAGUUACAGACCAAUCCACUGGCGAACUUUUUACUUCCAGGUUUAAUGAAGUUCUUCGGUGGUCUGGCGAGAUUUCACCCUAAAGAAGUGUGUGGCAAGUUCAACAAGUUUACUCACACGGUGUUUGAGAAUGUUGACGGGGGAGAUCACACUCUUCAAGGGGUUGCCAUAGAUACAGUUGGAUUCAUUGGCAGUACAGUGGAGGGCAAGCUUGCUCUCGAAAAACUUGGUUCUUCAAUGGACAACUGCUUACAGAAAUUUGGAAACAUUAUUAGGAACUCGAUGUCUGAGUUGAGGACACGGACAUUACAGGCUGUAACAAGUCUAGUCAUGUUACCUGUGGAGAGUCAAACUACAGAACUGCUAAAACUCACAGAAAGAUGGUUUCUCAGAUUAUGUCCAAAACCCUUUGAAGUUAUUUGGAACAUUACACGGCAACCAUUUAUAGACAUUCGCCACGACUGCUAUCGACUUCUGCAGGCACUAGCGCUGCAACCAUGGGGACAGAAGCUGAUGAAUGAAACUGCAGGAUUCCACGAAUUUAUGCUUGACCGAUCGACAGAAAGUAGCAGAGAAGGAAAGGAAGCAAAGUACGAAAUUAUUAAAACUUUGGCUGUGUCUCCAACAAUUAUUGAAGUGUUUGGGCGACCAUUCUAUGUUCGGAUAAUGGAGUAUUGUAACCAAGGAGCAUUUUAUGUGAGAGCCCAGGCAGACGUUGCUUUUGAAGAAGGCUGAUAAAUCAAGGACUUACUGCAUAACGAGGGACUUUUUAAUGUUCUUUAUUUAAUAAAUUUUAUUAUCAAAA